CCUCACAAUUUUUUUGAGGUGCGUACACCCAACCACAAACACAUAGUAACAAGAUGGCGAAGAUUUUUAAACCAGGAAAGGUUGCCUUAGUCACUCGUGGUCGUUUUGCCGGUAAGAAGGUUGUCAUUCUUCAAACCCUCGACCAAGGCACCAAGGCCCACCCUUUCAGUCAUGCUGUUGUUGCUGGUGUCGAGCGUUAUCCUUUGAAGGUUACCAAGUCUAUGGGUGCCAAGCGUAUUGCUAAGCGCUCUCGUGUGAAGCCUUUCGUCAGAGUUGUUAACUUCAACCACUUGAUGCCCACUCGUUACGCCCUUGAGCUUGAUAACCUCAAGGGACUCGUUUCUGCUGAAACCUUCAAGGAGCCUUCCCAACGCUCUGCCGCUAAGAAGGUCAUCAAAAAGACUUUUGAAGAGAAGUACCAAACCGGAAAAUCCGCCUGGUUCUUCACCCCUUUGCGCUUCUAAGAGCGUUAGCAAAAGUUUAUUUUUGUUAAUUUGCAUUAGGCCCUAGGUUUAAAACUUGUUGCUAUGAAUACAAUCUCUUUUAGAGGCAAUACUUGUUACAUAGUUUUGUGAAAUUUUUUGAGUGUUAAAUUUAAGUAUCAUACGUAUCAUCACAUUGCUGCAACAGCCUUUUGAUUAUCGAGAGUAUAGAAAAUCUAAAACGGUUCAGAGAAACAGCUUGCCAACUCUUGUGAAUGCUCUUUCUAUAUCGAAAGAACCGUGCAUUUAAAAACCUACCAUAGAAUUAAGUUUGGCGUCUAUACAUAAGUAGUCAAAUCGCUAAAAUAAUACCAUUAAUAUCCAGUG